UUUCUUCAGAAAGUUAGCACUAUGGGGAGAAAGUGUUAUAUGCAAAGCUGGGAAGAGUCCUUCACCGUGCCAGGUACCCCAGGGAGAGGCUGUGAGGGCCUGGUCUGCAGGAGAUGGACAGAAUAACGGGGUGUUGUGCUCUCCUCCUGGUUCCUGCUUGGGCAAUGCACAUUUGGACAGGCAAUCACACCAGGGUAUUAUGAGCUGCUCGUGCUGCAGGAGGACAGCCAGCAAGGCCCGCACGCUGAAGGGGAGCACCUUGUUUGCCAUCUCAUUCAUACCUCUCAAGUUUUUGAAGAUGAAUUAUUUAUCAAAGAUGCUUCUUUGGACAGUAGAUGUCAUCUUUAAUUAUUCCUGACUUGUUUUUCCAGUGCAGCACAUGGCGAGUUUCUUAAAGAGAGUAAAGAUGCUUUAUCUUCACGAUACCAAAGAACAGACUGAAGAAAAAUAUUUUUCUACUUAACUUGCAUGCUAGCCAUGAUGAAAGGCAAUAUUCUCCUCCUAGAUCCAUGCCACAGAUUCCUGCUCAGAUGUUUGGCUACCCACAUGUGGGAAACUCCCGCUAGCACCAGUAGGAGCUGAAAUCAGCCAGACUGAUACUUCUAGAUGCUGAAGGUCUUUUUGUAGUGUGUACACACUGUAACAGACUCAACAAGACGAUAUGCAGUAUAAUCACCAUCUUGGCAAUGAGAAGGAAGAGGUGUGAGGGGACUUGGAAGUUAAAAUACUCCCUUCCUUGGGCUCAGGCAUGUGUGAGAGAGGAGGAGCAUGGUGGUAAGGCUUUACCUGCAUUCAGUGUGUGCAUUGAGCUCACCUGUUUGAAAACCAGCCUAAGAUUUUUCUGUUAAUUAAGUACUAACAAUGAAACUUCACUGAUGCUUCAGCUGCAUGCCACCUCUCUGCAGAGCAGGGAAACAGCCUGCAUUUACAAAGCAACAGCAUGCAAAAAUACCAAAACACAAGAUUGUUUUUUUAACUAAAAUUUACAUUACAUACAACUUUAUGGGAACAUUUGCAUAAGAAAUAUAUUGUUUGCAGAGACAUUUCUUUUAGAACCUUAACGUGUAAAAACUUAAAUAAAUGCAUAUCUAAAGAAGCCCAGUCAUUCACAGGCUCCCACAAGCAUCCUUAAAUGCCAUUGUGAGGAACCACCACCACGGAACAUGCUCUGUAAUUACCAUGGAGAGAUUAUUUGGGCACCAGACAAUGCAAAACUGGACCUGCAGCCAUCAGUCACUGCAUAGCUAUCGACCUGGAAUUAGGCAGCUUCUAAUGGGUAAGGAUUGCAGCCUCUAUGCAGGGAAAGGCACUUCCUAAGCGCUCAUUCCCAUGCCUGUCCUCCAAAGCACCUAAUAAUGGAGCGAGGCUGAGAUGGGGCUGGGUCGGACUUGUGCACCAAUGCAGCAAUAACUGCCGUGAGCAAAUGUUUUAGUGAGCGGUUUGUGAAAGACAGUUGCAAAAAUAUUCCCUGAUAAAACACCAACAGCUCUUGGAUACAGGGAUUCAUUUAUCAGGAUAAACUUCUUCUCCUGAAGUCCAAACCUACACAUGGGAGAUGGAGAGCAUUUUGUUUUUAACACAGGAGAAUCAUUUCCCCCUUCCACCUGGAAGCAAGCGCUAAAUUGCUGCCUGCAGAGUUUCACCUGGGAGCUGAAUUACCCCCACUGGUUUUGUGCUGUCGCCAAGGCUACAAAUGAGCCACAGGUGGGGUGGCUGGGGUCUCGCAGCAGCUCUCAGACAGCAGGUUCUGUCUCCCUUCCCUGCAAGAAGAGGACACUGAACAAGAGCAAGCCGGGGCUCCUUCUUCUCCCCCAGCAAGCAAGUUACGAUGACAGAGAAAACGAUCUAUUUCUCUGCGACACCAAUACCUGUAAAUUUGAUGGGGAGUGUUUAAGGAUUGGAGACAGUGUGACUUGUGUCUGUCAGUUCAAGUGCAACAAUGACUACGUGCCCGUCUGCGGCUCCAACGGCGACACCUACCAGAACGAGUGCUACCUGAAGCAGGCUGCCUGCAAGCAGCAGAGCGAAAUCCUCCUCGUGUCCGAAGGAUCAUGCGCGACCGAUGCUGGCUCAGGAUCUGGGGAUGGAGUCAAUGAAGGCUCAGGUGAAACCAAUCAAAAAGAGACAUCGACCUGUGACAUUUGCCAGUUUGGGGCAGAGUGUGACGAAGAUGCAGAGGAUGUUUGGUGUGUGUGCAACAUUGACUGUUCUCAAACCAACUUCAAUCCUCUUUGUGCUUCCGAUGGGAAAUCUUAUGAUAAUGCAUGUCAAAUCAAAGAGGCAUCAUGCCAGAAACAGGAGAAAAUUGAAGUCAUGUCUUUGGGUCGAUGUCAAGAUAAUACCACAGCAACUACAAAAUCUGAAGAUGGGCAUUACGCACGGACAGAUUAUGCAGAGAAUGCAAAUAAACUGGAAGAAAGUGCACGAGGGAUCUACAUCCCCUGUCCAGAGCAUUACAACGGCUUCUGCAUGCACGGCAAGUGUGAGCACUCCACUAACAUGCUGGAGCCGUCCUGCAGAUGUGAUGCCGGCUAUACUGGACAACACUGUGAAAAAAAGGACUACAGCGUUUUAUAUGUGGUUCCAGGUCCAGUACGAUUUCAGUAUGUCUUAAUAGCAGCUGUGAUUGGAACUAUCCAGAUUGCUAUCAUCUGUGUUGUAGUCCUCUGUAUUACAAGGAAAUGUCCCAGGAGCAACAGAAUCCACAGACAGAAGCAAAACACAGGGCACUACAGUUCAGACAACACGACGAGAGCAUCGACAAGUUCUAGUGGCAAUUUUGAGUCUACUGAACUCAGUAGUAGGGUUUUGAGUUGGUCCAAGAUCAGCGACAAUUAUGGAUGUGGGAAAGGUGAAGAAUAAUUUAACCUACAUUGAGGAGGGAUAAAAUAUUUCAGAUCCGGACUCAACUACAUUUCAUCAGCUGCCUUCUCCCAUACCAUCUAUCUUUACUCUCCCAUAGCUUAGAAAAAUCCUUGCCUUCUAAAUUAAGUCCUAACUGAAGGGGAAAUGGAAAUUCUUGGUAACUGCUUAUGGGAGUGCCAGGGGUAAUGUCUCAGUUUGGGAGGGAAUUAGGUGUCCGUCAAGGUGAACCCUGCGAGAAUGCAUUGCAGCAUCUCCAAAUCUGGUCACUGGAGUGAGUGAAAAUUGCUUCCUACUGUUGAUUGAAAAUUAUUAGGUUAAAAAAGUUAAUAACAUAAUAACAGCUGAAAUGCCAGCACCAUUUGUACCUUAUGAACAUGCUGAUAUAAUUUAUUUUUUCAAAGAGAAGGUGAAAACCACUCAGAAAAUACCGUAUGAAUAACUUUAUGGGUGACCCUACUCCAUUAAAUGUAAUGAACUCAAAUGUUGGCUAUACCUCGGGAAAAUAAGGGCAUGUGUUUUGUCACAUCCACAUGAUGGACAAGAUGCAAAGUUAUUUCCAUGGUAGCUGAAACUCUCCAAAACACUUUCUUUUGGGAAGCUAAUACUACUCGAGUUUGUGCUAUGAAUUUUGAAGAUGACAGAGUGACACUGAAGGGCAGAGAGUGGGCUCUUCACUCAUGCUGGAUCACAUCCACUCCACUGAUUGACUGCUGGAGUACUGGUCACACUACGUAACAUAAUUGAACUAAAAAACAAAACAACUUGUAGCAUUACUCAUUGUGCUUCUCCUUCUCAAAGAGAAUUUGCCUGGGCUCAAACUACUCAUGACAAACAUUAGGAGUAUUUUUCACCGUCACCUCCAUGUAAGAAAUUGCAUCUGGGGCUCAAUCAGAUCUGGGGUUACCCGAGGUGAUGGCUCAUGUGUGUGUUUCCACCUCCUGCCUUCAGCAUUAGCCUAGUCACUCACAACAGUUGCCACCAGUCCUACCGGUGACAGCCCACCCAAUACCUGGCCUUCAGACAUGGGUGAAGCAGUAUUUCUACUCUAACAAUGGCUUUUGGUUCCCCACCAUCCCACCCCAGCCUGCUUUAAAGUGAAUCCAUUGCAUGAUGUUCACAUGGUCUCAGUUUUUGUCUUGUUGUGGGUUUCUUGAAUUUUUGAAGGUAAUAAAAGGCGAUUGGCAAGAGAUG